AUGAGUGUCGUGGAAGAUAUUCUUCAGAAAAAAAUUGCAGAAAAAACGAAAGAAUGUGAGAUGCGCAAAAUGUUAGGAGCACCUGAGGUCCUACAACUUGGCCAAAAUAUGAUUCGAUUAACGAAAGCCAAGCGAGUUUUGGAUAUUGGAACAUUCACCGGUGCUUCGGCGCUUGCUUGGGCAUUAGCUCUUCCGAUUGACGGCCAAGUAAUUUCAAUGGAUAUUACCCAUGAUUUUCUAAAUAAAUAUGGCAGGGAUAUUAUCGAAUCGAAAAUGGAUGUCGCAAAAAAGAUCGAUUUCAAGUUGGGCAAGGCUAUCGAUACUUUGGACUCUCUUAUAGAAGCAAAACAAGAAGGACAAUGGGAUUUUGCAUUCAUCGAUGCUGAUAAGCAGAAUUAUUUACACUAUUAUCAAAAAAGUAUGCAGUUACUUCGACACGGUGGUGUAAUUAUAGUUGAUAACGCUCUGUGGAGUGGAAAAGUUGUUGCUGAAGAAAAAGAUGAAGAAACAAAGAAUAUCGACAGUUUGAAUCGAUUUGUGUCAGCAGACGAUCGCGUUGAUAAUAUUUUACUAAAUCUCGGUGAUGGAACUCAUCUGAUUUUCAAAAAAUAUAUUUAA